AUGAGCUCCCUCCUCCACCCCAUUCACUCGGCGGGCCAGAAAUGUCGUCCCAAGCAUCAAGUCUUGGUCCUCAAGUGCUAUCCCAAAUACCAAAAGACCGUUCAAGAAGUCAAGCCAAAUGCCUCCGAAUUGAGCUACUUGCUCUACUACGCGAGCACGCGUCGGCAUAAACUGCAGAAAGUCGGCGAAUUUCUGGAAAAGAAGAAUGCACAUGAUGUCUGGAAAGGGAGACUGGGUAAUGUCCAGAUCACCCUUCAGAUCCUCACGGCCAUCAUUGAAAAGGCCCCCCGCGACAUUUCUCUCUACGCCCGCUCGGUUCUGAUCAUCCUCGAUUCAAUCUUGCGAUCCAAAGAUGUGAACAUGGUGGAAGAGUCGGUUCCGACCUUUGAAGCUUACUGUAAACACGUUGAUGCUGCUUCUCUAUCUGCCGAUCAGCAGCGCGCUCAGCAAUAUUUGUCUAUUGUUCAACUCUAUGCCGAGUAUGCUUCAAAACAAAACACUCCCAGUAAACAACCUGGUGACUCCAUACCUGCGUCCCUGAGAUGGCGCAAUCUUGGUCUCCGGGCCCUCCGCGCCGUCGUGGCCUCUGAAGCUAUUGCCGCAGACUCCAACCGUCAACUCAACAUGGUCAUGCCUGUUAUACUCGAGAACCUAUCUUUGGAAGAAGAGAAUGUUUUGGCCACUCUUCAACAACGGGCAAGAACUAGCGAGAGACUUGAUGAUGAUUUUGCGCGUAGGAGGCGCAUGAGCAUUGCAACCGUCACCACCGUCGACACUGCUGAGGGAGAUCCCGCGACAGCCGUGGAAACCACCGCUGGGGCAGAUAAGGUCGCGGAGGAAGAGGUUCGAGCAUUGGCCUUGAGAUGUUUGAAGCAAAUCUUUUCUAUUGGCAUUGGCAGCACUCGUGGCCAGACGAGGCUGGCCACUGCUCUGACUUUGAAGUUCAUUGCAUCCAAAAGUCCACCAAAGAUCGCCCCGGAAUUUGCUCGACAAGGGAAUUGGGCGACUUCAUUAUUCGAGACCAUUGCCAAAUGGACUCCUGUUCAAGAUCGAUUCAUCAUCGUGCUGACCGCCAUGGAGACGCUGGUCCGAAGUCCCAUCACUGAAGAUAUGCUUGAGAAACAGCUUGUUCUCACUACCCUUAUUGAUUGGUUGCUCAGUUCCUCGGUCAACUUGAUCGGUCUUAGUGUUAUGGAUGUCUUACUGGGUCUGAUCUACCACAUGUUGGCUUUGCUACAAUUGGGUGGACCAAACACUCGUUUCGUCUCUCCUCAAUCACACGACACAACAGGCUUCUUUCGCGAAGCCAAGGAAGUUUUCGAUCCCAGUACUGUAUUGAGCGGCUCUGAAAAACCGAAAACACCAUCAAAAACCCAAGCCAACCCUUCCGCAGUACGACAGGAACUAAUCAUUCGACUCCAAAAAUGCAUUGCGUCGCUAUCAAAUCACAUCUACUACACCGAUCAGAUUAGCGAUAUGAUUUCGGCAAUCUUAGCACGCCUCAAACCAUCCGCUCAGUCUGAAGUUCCAAACUCUGUCGCUGCGAUAACCGAUCCGGCGGCCGCUGCAAGAGCCAUCGCUGAAUCCGCGAAUAUUCAAGAAGAUCCAUCGACUUCUUCUUUCUUUUCUUUCAACACUGCCAGGCUGACUGCCGUUCAAAUAAUCAAGGAUAUUUUGUACCGUGCUAAUAGCAGAAGAGGGCCUGUUGGAGCUCCUAUUGAGGCUCGCUCUCGAGUUGGUGUGCAGGUCUGGGAAGGAACUCAAUGGCUGUUGAAGGAUGAAGAGAAAGAAGUUAGAGUCGCCUACAUUGAUGCGCUACUGGCCUGGCUCAAGUUGGAGACGAAUAAAGCUGACCUUUUAUUGCCAAAGGAUGGACAUCGAAAACACGGGCAGAACAAAAGGAGCACGCUACAACCAGGUGAGGCUAUCACUGCUAAGCGGGCAGUUUCUGGAGCGUCCCGAAAAGAGCCAAAACCGGCAAGAUCAAGUUUUCUUCAGCUGUUGCAUUUGGCCAUCUAUGACAGCAUUCUCGAUGAUCCUGAAAACGAACCGAACACAUUGUUGCUCUAUUUGUUGUUGACUAAGUUGGUUGAGAGACUCGGAGUCAAUGCCAUUCGAACCGGACUACCUAUGAUUUUGAGAUUACAGGAAACUUCCCUCAAUGGAGAGAUAGUCUCCCCUCACGGCAAAGUCAAUGUUGCAAGUAUUGUCAAUGGCUAUCUGUGGACCAUUGCCGAGAAAUUUGACUUCGAGGUCAGUGCGGUUGGAAACGAGAUCAAUGCUGAGAUCUCACGGAGGAAACGAUUUAGUAUCUGGUUUGAGAAGGUCAAAACACCUGCGCUGCCAAUUGAAGAUAUUCGGGAGCUACCAACCGUUACGGAGAAGCGACCAGACUAUCCAGAGGAGGCCAUCAAGACCAUUAAACCGUUCUUGUCAAUCAAAGAAGUUGUCGAUGAGAUCACAAUUGCAUACGACAACUCGCUUCUUACCCCUCCAACAUCGGCUCCUUCAUCUCCUGGCCGAGUAUUCUCCAUUCCGACACUUGGCUUUGGCUAUGGUUAUGGGAUUGCAGCAGCUCCUAAGGCCUCUCGUGAAGACCAACUUCCUCAAAAAGUCAAGGAUGAGAUGUGUGCGGGUUGGUCCCGAGAAGCAUGUAUUGCUGCAGUGGAGAAGGAAAGCGCCGGUUCCAUGACUGGUUCACGAACUGCGACGUCAUCUGUUCCCCAGCCUCCCCAUCUCGGUGUCAAUGGAGUUCGCAAGCAUGGUUCCACAAGUGGUCGAGAAUCUCCAGUUGGCGCAAAUGGCUCGACAACGCCGACAUUUGGCUUACUUGGUGGUUUAGGAACACUCACGAAGAACAGAAAAACGAGCGGUACUGGUUCACCCUCGAGACAGCCAACCACAUCUAGUCGAGACUCGACCAUCAAAGUCACUGAUCUCAAACGUGCUUUGUCGAGCUAUGCUAGAAAUGGUACAAGACGGCAGAGUCCGUUACGCAGACCAACAAUCGGUUCAGGGUCGAGGAGAAGCACUGUCAGCAGCGGGACAAGUAGCAUGGUUAGUUGGACAGAAGCUGACGAGGCGAAUCUCUCCACAUUUGAUGUCGACAACAAUCGCUCAAAGGGCCCGAACGGUACGAACUCUCGACCUCAGACCUCCAGAUCGAGCAAGACUUUUCCGAAGGAUGAAGAGGAGACUUUUCAUGAUAAGGCGACGGCUCCAGCUGUCACAGCAGAUCCCCGAAGAGAUUCUGAUGUUCCUCCGGUUCCGAAAAUCCCAUCAACACUCAAUCUACCAGGAACAUGGCCGCGAGACAUCUCUCCAGCUCGGACUCAAGAUGAAUCAGCCGAAGUGCCUAUUGCAACCUCAUCUGAAGCUAGAGACGCGAGUCCUCAAUCCAAACGGGCAACUAGCGCCACCUACUCUUCACCACCAACGAGGGACGCUCACAGCAUCAAGAAGACCUCACGACCCGUGAGCCGGAAAAGCGCUGCUCCAAUCUCAUCUCCACCCAACAACGAGAAAUUCGACUUGGGUUCGUUACUGGCGGGCAUAAGCCCAGGCAAAAGCACCGACGAGCUGGAAAAGGAGAACCGAUCGAAUACCAAAGUUCUCGCCGAUGUUGUUGCUACCCCCCAACAAAUCGCCCUGUCCCCAUCUUCUCGCAAUCCUUCUGACUCCGACCGAAGAGAUGCAGCUCAAAAGCACGCGACCACGCAUUCUAGACCGGCAUCAAUAAGACCAACGCAAGUGGCUGAUGUUACCCACGGUGGCUCCUCUCAUGCCUCCGACAAAGCCCUACAAGCUGCAUGUCUUCGCUGCUUUGAUGUGCCGCAGAGGAUACCGGAUGACCAGGACCGGCACGAGCAAACUGAAUUGCUGGAGACUUCAACCACAACAACUACCCCAGCUCCGUUGCUACGUGCAAGCAACCAAGCUCUACGCCACAGCAGUUCUACGAGGGAAACAUUGGCAUCCGAGGCAACGAAGGUUGAUCACCAGAACCUACACGUUUCGAAUUCGCCGAGACACGCCAGUAGCCAGUUUGUAACGGCACAAGCUUUGACGCCGAUGUUGGAAGGCCCCGAUCUUGACCCGCUACUUCCUCCGCAAGGUGCUGCCACAAUCGAAGCCGCAAAUGCCAAUGGUGGCCCAAACACCGCUAUUCCUCCAGAAGCAGAUAGUCAAACAUCCUCACACCCACAGCUAGAUACACGUAUAACUGAUGGCCUAGAGGACACUAACCAUAUAUUCUCGCAAUUUGACUGGGGAUGGGAGGGCUUAUUCGCCUCCCAGGCAGCGACGCCCAAUUUCCACAGCUUGUUUCUUCCAGUGGAUGCCCUUUCGUCAGCUCCAUCCAUUGGAGCUCAGACGGCGGCAACUCCCACACGGUCGGCUGAGAACGUUGCUCGCCUAGGAGACAAUUACGCAGAUUCGGCGCCAUGGUCGAAUAUCUCUACCACUUGGAGAGCGCAAAAAUUUAGACAGGAGGAGUAUCUCGAGAAUGUCCGACUUGCCGAAACAACCAGGGAGAGGAUAUUGGCGACAGCGCAGCAUUUCUUCCGGCUAACUCUAGACUCGCUCAAUGUCAACUCUAAUCCUGGCACUCGGUUCUUGAUGGCAGAUUUGAAACGCUACAGUUCGUCGAGCAUCUUGAUGCUCCCACCAACACCUGUACUGCAAAUCUAUCUGGAAACAUUCUUGACAAGUUUCGAGCCAUAUUACCCUUUGAUCAACAAACGAUCCUUCGAUCCGAAUGCCAUCGCUUCUGGCAAACACGAGCAGCUUGCUAUCGUCAUGCUCUUACUAAUGAUUGCUUAUGGCGCGAUGAGGGACCCUGCCAUCAAGGCUCGUCGACUGUCCAUGGGCCUUCUGGAAAUCUGUCGUUUAACUACGUUGCAUCUUUUAGACAAAGAUAACACCAAUCCGCGGAGCAUGAUUCUCGCCGAGUGUGCCUUGUUGAGUACCUAUCAAGCAGCUUUUAGUGGAGAUAAAUGGCUCAUGGAAUCGAGUUUCGGCCAAAUGCACCAAUAUCUGAUGUUAUCAAAGCACUCACGCUUCUUUGAGAGAGAUCCAAACACGCCGUAUGUCACUUCCAACGAAGCUGACAUCGAGCCUCUCUGGAAUUCCUGGCUGGAAAGAGAGCAUACGUCGAGACUUGUGUCCAGCCUAGUUAUGGUUGACGCAGAAAUUAGCAUCCUGUAUGACAAAAAUCCAACACUGACAAUCCCGGACUUGGAGAAGGCUUUACCGGACAGUGAUGAUCUCUGGCUUGCACCCGAUGCUUCGACUUGGUUUCAAUGCUGGAAAAAAUCUCAUGGACCGGAGGCUGACUCAAGGGAUUUUGUCCCCUCGGAGACCUCGCUGCCAGAGCUGUUCCAGGCUCUUUUGGACAAAAAGCUCGACCAUUGGAAACCAAGGCUCCAGAUUUUACACAUGCGUCUCCUGCUGUAUCCUAUACACAUUUUAACCGCUCAAUUAUGCGAACUCAUGCUCUGUGUUUCCGACAAGGAGCCAUCACGGUUCUCGGCAAGCGCAUGCCACACGUCUUCUACGUUGCGCUUCGAAGAAAUUAGAACUCUCCUACAGACAUGGUGGAAUGUUUUUCAUGCUUUGCAGACGGAAACAAUGAGACAUCUGGUUCUGAAACAAGUCACAGAAAUUCUCUACCAUCUGCUGAAUCUGAAACUGGCUACUUCAUGGUCACAAGUGGAACAGUACUCGCGGGCGCUUUCAAAGCAGCCCCAAGUUGUUCCACAAUUAUCUUCAAGUGCAUUACGCAGACCCCGAGAAGCCGUCUUCCAUUGCGGCCAGAUACUACGGGUUCUCCACAGCAUGGACAUCGAGAUCCGGCCGCUAUGGUGGCCAGUCGCGCUGUAUCGGGUGGCCAUCAUUCUCUGGACUCUCAGCCGGGUAGAUAAUGACGCACGAUGGGAGAUUUCAACCUCCGCCACGAGAUUCGUCGAUAUUGCGAUCGACAGGCUCCCUCCGGACGAUCAGAUGUGGCCACCCUUUCUGAGCCGUGGCGUGGGCAGACCUUGCAUUACUGCUGAAGAUGACAGUCUACAGGCCAUUGAUAACGCAACCACGGUUUUACAGCUCACUGGUUACGAGAUUUCUGGCAAAGCCUCUCAAGCCUCAUUCGCUCAGUCCACAAUUCAGGAAGAGGCGGCCACAAUGUCAUCCCCUUUAUCUCCCAUGCGCCGCAUCGUAACUUCGCAUAACGCCCAGGGCAAAGCUAUCGUGGCACGCGAUGGUGAAAUCUCGGUGGACAUAUUACCACAUGGUGCUGGUUCAGCGAUGAUCUGGUCAAGUGAGUCCAGCCCGGCCGACGUCAACUCCGGAGACGAUGCAGCACUCGCCGACACCGGGUUCGUGAACAAGGGGUCGAUUUUUCGCAUCGUCGACAUUCCGCCGCGAAGCGUUGGAGCUAUGCACCGCUCCCUGUCGCUUGACUAUAUCAUCGUCGCGAAAGGCAACGUCACGCUGUCCUUGGAUGAUGGGACGAAGACAAAGAUCCACCAGGGCGAAUUUGUCAUACAGCAGGCUACCAUGCAUGGCUGGGAUAAUGAUGGCGAUGAAUGGGCACGAUUGAUCGCCAUCAUGCUACCGGCGGAACCGCCGGCUGUUGAAGGGAAAGAAUUACUUGAGGAUCUUUCUACAUUGUUUGGGCCUAUAGCCUAG